AUGCCCAAGGAAACAGGAGUCCCUUCACUCUCGUCUGAUAGGCCCACCGCAUCUCCGUAUGCUUCCACCGCUGAAACCGCCGCCACGAUGAACAUGUUGAAAAAGCUUGUACGAUCAGUACUUUAUAAUAAGGAAUCCAUGGAAGAAGCUAAAUGCUUAAUCUGCAUGGAACCCCCUCACAAUGCAGUAAUCUUAAAUUGCUCUAACCUCGAAAAAGGAUGUCGCCCUUACAUGUGCGGCAGCAGCAACCGCCUCUCAAACUGUCUCAACCAUUUUCUUAAAUCACCUUCCUCGACCCCAACACCUUCGUGCCCACUUUGCCGAGGGAAAGUCAACAAGUGGAUUUUUAUAUCGCGCUUUAGUCGGUUCAUGAAUUCCAUACCGAGGAGUUGUUCUGUCAAGACUUGUGAAUUUAUAGGGAAUUAUCUGGAACUAGAGAACCAUGCCAGCCUUGAACAUCCGUCAGUUAGGCCAUCAGUAGUGGACCCUGUUCUCAUGCAGGAUUGGACGAGGUUGCAGUGCGUUAUUCUGUUCAUCACACCGAGGAGUUGUUCUUUCGAGACUUGUGAAUUUAUAGGGAAUUAUCUGGAACUAAAGAACCAUGCCAGCCUUGAACAUCCGUCAGUUAGGCCAUCAGUGGUGGACCCGGUUCUCAUGCAGAAUUGGAGGAGGUUUCAGCGCGAGAGGGACUUGGGGGAUAGGAAUUUGAUCGUUUCCGGUAGUGAUUUCGAGAGUGUUGUUGCUGCGAAUGAAGAAUCGGAUGCUGUCACUGCCCGGCUUGAAUCCUUCAUGGUUGAUCUUCCACAGCACCAAGUUCGUCCCAUGCGUUUGUUGGUCGAGGGUAGGGCUGCUAAACGAACCAAGCUACUUGAAUCUUCCUUAAAAGCUUAG